AUGGGAGUUGAUUUGAGCAAAGAAAAGAAGUUUAGCAAUCCUAUUCCCAUUAAGGAGAUAUUCAAGGCUGAUGAUGGUAGGAAAAGGAGUAAGAAAGAAGACAAAAAGCAAGAAGAAGAGACUGAGAUUGAGAUUGAAUCUGAAUCAGAAUCAAAUUCUGAAGCAGAAUCGGACAUCCCAUUAAGCAAGUUGAAAGAGACAAGUUCUAAGAUAGAUGAAGGGGAAAGCUCUAAGAAGAAAGAGAAAAUGAAGCUAAAAAUGUUAGAUUUUGUGAAAAUCAGUAAAGCAAAUCUGGACAUGAUGAAGGAAAUAAAAGAAAUGAGUGGCCUGACCUUGAGUAUUUUAGAAAAAUCUCAUGAAUUGCAGAAGGGAAUUAUGGCUGAGCACAAUGCAAAGAUGGAUAUGUUGAUUAAUAGAUUGGAUAGACAAGAGUGGUUCAUGAAGAAGAUGGCUCAAAUGCUGUUUGGUGAAUCUUUUGGAAAGUUUGGAGAUUUUGGAAGCUACCCACAGGGUACUGCUGGUCCUAGCAAUGCAAAGGCUGCUGGACCAAGUGGAGUAAAAAUUUCUGAAGUGGAAGAAGAAGCAGAGGAGCAUGUAGAAGCUGCUGAAAAGGUACAAGAAGAAAGUAAGCUAGCUGAGGUUGAAGAAGUAGAGAAAAAUGAUGAGAAGGAAAAAUCUGCAGAAGAGGCAUCAGAAGCAGAACAAGAACCUGCCAAAGAGACAUCAAGAGAAUCCUCCUCAUCUCAUACUACAAGCAACAGCAGCAGUGACAAUGGAAAAAGUGAAGGCAGAAAUGGUUCAAGACAAGAAGAGGAGAAGGAAGAGCAGUCACAAGACCCAUCCUCUGAACAACCAAACAUUGUUCCUACUGCCUCUCAACCAGUACCUGAAUCAACCAUCUCUUUACCCAUGCAAUACGGACCUAGAAGAACCAAAACACAAGCCAGAAAAUCAGUUCUACCCAUUCCUCCAAAAAUCCAAGUACCCAUACCUGAAAAAGAACCCCCAAAGAAGAAGCAACAAGCCAAACUUGUUGAUCCCACUCACCUUAGGAGAAGUGGCAGAAUUCUUAGCAGCAAAGAAAAAUCUUGA